GGUCGGGGUGGGCUACAUGAACUGUGUUUUGACCUGGUCAGUGUUUGGCUGUUUGCUUGGAACGUGCACUGGAAGUCGCUGAGUUCCAUCGAAUUGUCGUGACGUUCGAACCCAUUGUUGCAACGUUCCAAAAUAUUGUCGUAACGUUCCAGCUCCUGUUGUCCGUGUUCCACUGCCAUGUACAAUCUAAGGAAUGCACUGAGCAGAAUCUAUGCGGCAGCUCCAAAAUCUCUCUCCUACCCUAGUAACCUGGGACAGCAGGCUCAGGAGAAGUUACUCCAAGUUGCAUGCAGUGAAGCACGUCAGCAAUGGUGCUGGAGCAGUGGAACCGGACCAGCCCCACUGGAAUGUAAGCCCUUGAGAUCUAUCGGCACUUCCACAGGAGGCAAUCAGCUCAAUGGCACUUUUUAUGAAUUCCGCAAUUACAUCAUACAACCUGGGAAGGUGGCUGACUUUAUGAAGCUUACAAGUGAUUUUAUCCACCUACGUACAGCCCAUUCCGAACUAGUUGGGUACUGGUCUGUGGAAAUUGGGUGUCUGAAUGAAGUCUUUCAUAUUUGGAAAUAUGGCAGUUACAAGGAACGAUCAGCAGUACGACGAGCCUUGGCAACCGAUAAAGACUGGCAACAAAAUUAUAUCUCAAAAAUGCUGCCAAUGCUGCUUAAUCAAACCAAUGAGAUCGUCUACAUGGUGCCAUGGGCGGAGUUGGGCAAACCACCGAAUAAAGGUGUAUAUGAGCUGGUCAGUUACCAGAUGAUACCAGGUGGGCCUGUUGUAUGGGGGAAAGCCUUCCAGAAAGCAGUCAGCGCGCACAAAAAUGUGGGUUAUUGCACACUAAUUGGGGUAUUCCACAGUGAAUUUGGCCACCUCAACAAAGAUUUCACAGAAACCAAGAUUCAUCAGUCAGACCUGACUUGCACGGUCCAUUCCCUUUGGUGGCAUGAGGAUGGGGAUCAUCGAGCAUCUGGAAGACGCAGAGCGCAUGAAGAUGUCAGAGUGGUGGCAGCAGUGAGGGAUAGUGCCUCAUACCUGGUGUCACAGACUAACAAGCUUCUACUUCCAACUUCAUUUUCACCUCUGAAAUGAUUCCACAGACUGAAACACUGGUGGUUGUGCUUUCUUUCCUUUGAAUGGCACCUGUGGUACAAGUAAUCCCUUUGAUAUCAAGCCGUGUUGGGUCGUGAUAGUGGUCACUGGCCAGAGCUAAUUUUAUUUUGUACUCUUUAAUGGCUGAACUGCUUGGAAUAAAACAUAUAACUUUAAA